AUGAAUAGAGGAAGUUAUUCUGACGUUGAAGAUGAAGAUAAUUUUGGUAUGCAUGAAUACACGCCAGAAGACGAAUACGGUGGCGAAAGCGAUUUUGCGAACGAUGCAUUGUCUGUAAUAGGGUAUCAUUGGAAAGGUUAUUGGAUAAACAAUAAAAAAGACGGUGAAGGGGUUUUCAAGUUCAAAAACAACGACAAAUUUUCCGGAACGUGGAAGUCUGAUAUGAAACACGGGUUGGGAACCUAUACGUUUUGUAAGACUGGAGCCGUUUUGACGGGAAUGUGGCUGAAUGACAAGAGAGUCAACAACUUUCAAGUUUUUUAUCCAAUUAGUGGCAUUACUGGUUUCACGUAUUAUGGCACGUGGGAUGAAAACGAAAUGGUUACCGGGAAAGGAUAUUUUGUGUUCGGACAUUUAAAGUGCAUGCAAAGUGGCGAAUACAUCGAAAAUCCRUUUUACAAAAACACGAAAUCCAGUGAACUACAAAACAACAUAUGCAAGUCUUUGUGGUUGUCAAACAAAAUAAUGCCGAUCAUCAGUGGCAUGUUGCCGCGUGUGCCAAAAACGAGGUCAGUGGCCAGAGCGAGGUCUUCAUGUGACACGAGUUUCCUUUUARCCGACAAAAUGUCUACGAUUGACGUGCCGGCGCCGACGACGAGUCRUAUGGAAAUGUACGAGCACAAAGAUGACUUUUGGGCUGAAAUGGAAGAACUAGAAAUCGAUCCGAAACUCAACCUGCAGGAAGUUGAUACAAAAUCGUCAAAUUACAAUGAUCAAAACGAAUGA